ACAGGAUUACCCGGAAGAGAAUAGAAACAAUUUGACAUUUGCUAACAUGGUAGCGCCAUGCAGUUAGCACGAGUCGUGUGUUGCGAAUUUUGUGCAUUUAAUCCAUAUGUUUAGAUAAUGAUAUUUGUGAGGCGUUGUGGACCAUGGAAAUAAAGCAGAGGGUAUAUUAAAGUAUGACCUUAUUUAGGAGUGUUCGGGCUAUAAUUACCACGGUUGUACCUCGGCGGUGGAUCACAGUAAGCUUAUCCUUAAGACAAUGUUUAGUGACACACAGGAAUCGACAUGUUUCUGUAAACUUACGCACUGCUGUUCACCUUCCAGGAAAAGUAGCGCGUCUCUCCCGUGCUUUUAACAGUGAUGUUCUUGCAGCCGGAGAUUUGUUUGCAAAAGAUUCAGUACAGGACCUUUUAAAGAAACUAGAAACUGAAUACAGUGAUUGUUUAGAACAAGUAAACACUGUCAAUCAGGAUGCACAGCUGAAGGUGCUGAGACGAAGAAUUGCUGAUUUAAGUCCUCUUGUUACCCAUUUUAAGCAGCUAAGGGGUAAGGAACAGGAGCUUCAAGAAAUUGAAGCCUUGCUGCAUGAUGACAAUCCAGAGCUGAGAAAACUUGCAGAAGCUGAAAGAUUGGAGUGCCAACAUCAGCUGCUUGAUCUGAAGAAAAAGAUCAUCACACUGCUAGUUCCAGCACAUGAAGCUGAUGACAGUGACUUAGUAAUGGAGGUGACUGCUGGGAUUGGAGGACAGGAGGCCAUGCUUUUCACUGCAGAAAUGUUUGAUAUGUAUCAGAGUUACGCUUCUUUCAAGAAAUGGAGCUUUGAAAUCCUAGAGUAUUACCCCAGUGAACUAGGUGGGUUAAGACAUGCAGCUGCAAGCAUCAGUGGUCAGCAUGAAGUUUACAAACAUUUGAAAUAUGAAGGCGGUGUUCACAGAGUUCAGAGAGUUCCCAAAACAGAGAAGCAGGGUCGCAUCCAUACCAGCACCAUGACUGUUGCCAUACUGCCUCAGCCAAGUGAGAUUGACUUAACCAUCAAUCCCAAAGAUUUAAGAAUUGAAACUAAACGAGCAAGUGGUGCUGGUGGCCAGCAUGUAAAUACCACAGACAGUGCAGUACGGAUUGUGCAUAUUCCUACAGGUGUAGUAUCCGAAUGCCAGCAGGAGAGGUCACAAAUCAAAAACAAAGAGAAAGCCUUAAAGGUGCUUCGUGCAAGACUAUACAGCAAGAAACUAGAAGAAGAAAUGAACAAAAGGCAGAGUGUACGAAAAAUGCAGGUUGGGACCAAAGGAAGAUCUGAGAAGAUCAGAACAUACAAUUUCCCACAAGAUCGAAUUACUGACCACAGAGUCAACAAGACUGUUCAUGACAUUAAAGGAUUUUUGUUAGGAGAGGAUCUUCUAGAUGAAAUUAUACAGUCUAUUAGAGAAUAUACAGACCAUGAAAUGCUUAAGGAAUUACUAGAAAACAUUCCUGCACAGUAAUGGCUAUGAUUCCUCCUUAUCUCAUUUAUUUCACUUCUUACAUUAAAAAUUUGUCUGGACUUCAUUCUUUUGUGAGACUGUAGUGGUGCAGUAAUGUAGCUUGAUUAUUUUUCAUAAGCCUUUUAUUACUGGCUGCCUGAGAGAGUUUUCUGGUUUUAGUAGUAGAUGCCAGUGUACCUUAUCAAAGGUAUUCCAUUUUCAGCACUUUCUUAUGAGAAAAGGGAAUUACUUGUAAUAAAAGAAUGGUUCAGGACAAUUCAGUGGAGUACCACUGGAACUAAAAUGGUAUCUUUACAGAUGUUUACAUUUUUUUGCUUUGAAUGCCCAUCAUUGAUACCAUGUGACAGCAUUUCAGUUUCAGCACAUCUUUUUCUUUAACACCAAUUUCCUACUGCAUCGUCGAAUAUUGACAGGUAAUGUAAUUAUGUAUUCUACGGCAGGUGUUGUAAAAAGCAUAUUUAAUAAAACAGGGUAGCAAACA